AUGGCUACCAUCAGCGAAGAUCAAAUCAGUGAGUUCAAGGAGGGAUUCAGUCUCUUUGACCGUAAGGGCAACGGAACGAUCGAAUCAAGCUCGCUCGGAGACCUGUUGCGCGCCCUUGGCCAGAAUCCCACCCAGGCACAGGUCCGCGAGCUCGUUGCCGAAGCCGACCCCGCUGGCACGCGUGUGAUCAACUUUGACACGUUCUUGAAGGUUCUGAUGCGCCCUGAUGGCUUCAAGCCUGCAGGCACCUACAAUGAGUUUAUCAACGGCUUUAAGGUCUUUGACAAGGAGAACGACGGCUGUAUUACUGUUGGAGAGCUCCGCUCUGUACUCACAAACUUGGGCGAGAAGCUGAGCGACAGUGAAGUCGAUGAGCUGUUGAAGGGCGUUGAGGUUGACAAGAGCGGCAAGGUCCACUACGAAGACUUUGUUAAGAUGAUUCUGUCCUCUUAG